CAGGGCUCCUUAAAGUCAACUCGUCAUGUUUGGAGAAAUGUUAUCAGGUGUAGGGCUUUUCUUGAGCCUGCAUUUGGUGUGUCUACAACAUCUCCCUGAUUCCUGUGACCAAGUCCAGUUCUCACUGACUGGAAGCCCUACAGGGGAGGUAUUCUAUAGUCAUCUACUGGACAGAAUGAUGGCACAGACGGUGCUUGAUUGUGCCCGGAAGUGUACUGGUGUGCAGGGAUGUGCUGGCUUCAAGUUUUACCCUGCUAACGGCACGUGUGACAUGACCUCUAUCCUCAUGGAAGCAGCGGCAGUGACGGAGCAGGGAUUCACAUCAUACACACGACCAAUGGAGGUUUACAACGUCGCUCUCGGCAAGUCUGCUGGUGUCAGUUCAACUAUAUACCCACAAUACACGCCAGUGAAAGCCUUGACUGGAGGUUGUGCCUGGAGUGCAUACAGUACCGACCCCUGGUGGAAGGUGGACCUAGGUCAACCCUACAAAAUAUAUACCGUUCAAGCAACUUCCUCGGAAUAUUGUUGCACCAACGACCCUAUUGCAAUCCUGGAAGUGGCACUCGGAAAUGGCUGUUGGCCGUUGACUUCCUGUCCGGACAAAUGCUCCAAAACAUCAGGACUCAUUGAAGCUAACAGUGUCCAGGAGUUCUCCUGUGUGGCAUUGUCCGGGUUCUACCAGUACGUCGAACUCAGGGUAUCUGGAGCAUCUAUACGGUUGAGAGUAUGCAAUGUCAAGGUCAUGGGACAUUAA